AUCUGAUCGUGAUUCACGAUCUUCUUGCACAUAUGGCGGAAUUGGUGAAGCACACACAUUAAAAUGGAUGGAAAAAUCUUCCAGCACAAAACUAAAAUCGGCAAACGUGAGAUGAUUCGGAAGUUAAAGCGAAGCAAAAUGAGCAGCGAGUCAGUAUUAAUUGAUAAUGCUGAGGAUAUUGUUGAUCAAUUAUUCAACGAAGAACAUGCCAAACCUGUUUUCCGAUCGGAUGUCAGUACAAUUCUCUUCAUAGCUUUAAUCAUUUGCUUUAUCGUGAUGAUUAUUUACUGGUACUGUGUCGACAAGGAAAAAGGUGCUAUUGACUCGGCUUACUCAAAAAAUUCAAUGAAGCGGAAGCGAAUUCCAACUGAAGAUCCUGAAGAAGGCAACAACGAUCGGGAGUUGUUAGAGAUUGCAAGGCCGAAAAUUGUUCUCUCAACUCCUUCAAGAAAUGAAGUCGAAAUUGAGUCAGUUGAACAUGAUGAUCGUAAAAAACGUGAACGAGUGGUUGAAAAUCUGUCGUCACAUCCGUAACAAGUAUUUAUCUACUUAAAUUUCGUUAACAUUUCAUUAAAAUACAUUUCACGUAAACAUUAAAAAUUCCUCGUCAGUUAUAAGAAUCUUUUACUCUCUUUGUUGUUGCCCAUAUACAUGGACAGAUUUUUACGAUUCUUAAACAAUAUUAACACUUUUAUUAAUGCUAUAGAAAAUAAGAAACUUCAGUGUUUAAAAAGCGUAUAAUUUUAUAUAACUACGCAUUUUGUGUUCAUAACAAAACAAAACUCAUUUUAUUGUGUUAGUGGAUUCGUUUUUUUAGAUUCUUAAGCAAAAAAAAGUGUUGUAAGAUUAAAAAUACUUAUCAAAGAUAUUCAAUAAAUGAAAAAAGCUCAACUAUA